AUGUUGGAUACGUGUACUACGUACUGUUCUCUUGUGAACAACCUUCCUUACAUAAAAGAAGAACGGUGUAGAACAACCUAAAACCUCAAAAACCCCAGAGAGGAGUCUGGCGACGAAGCGGAGGAGGGAGGGAAAUCGAAGCUUUCGAUGGCGCCGAAGCGGCGGAAGCCCGCGCGGCCGGCGUCGGACCCCGAAGGAAUAUUCGGCGGUGUCUCCGCCUUCUUCGUCCCUCACUCCGUCCAGUCUCACCGCCUCGAGGUGUGGAAGCAGAAGCUGGUGCAGAUGGGGGGCCGCGUCCAGGAGAAGGUCGCCAACGCCAAGGGCGUCACGGUCAACCACGUGCUCGCUGCGGACGCCAAAGCACUGCUCCGGGAGCUCGAUGCCGCCUGGCUCCACCGCUUCCGCGGGAGCGUGGUGUCCUUCGAGUGGAUGGAGGAAUGCCUCAAGUCCGGUGAGAGGCUCCCUGAGCAUAAGUUCACUAUCAAUUAUGAAGAGGAAUUUAAGCCCAAGAAGGCAGCUGGUACUGGACAUACAGGAGCGUCACGUCCUCCAAAACGGAGCAAAAUGUCAUCUGAAGAUCAUGGGAAACGCAAGGAAACUAUUGUACAGGAUGGGGAGAAGGAGCUAGCUGUUGGAGAGCAUCAAGACGCAAGUACACAUGCACGUGAAGGUUCAGGUGUCGAUAAGGGGCGUAGCCAGUAUGUAUGUAGCCAGAGUAGCUCUGGAGACACUAUGGAUACCAUUGGGUCUCAUGGUACAUUUGAUAUUGAGGAAGCUUCUUCUGUAGAACCAACGACAUAUGCUCCACCAGACCUCAACAGGAACAUCACGGAGGUUUUUGGAAAACUUAUCAACAUUUAUAGAGCCCUGGGAGAUGGCCGGAGAUCUUUUAGUUAUUACAAGGCCAUUCCUGUGAUUGAGAAACUACCCUUCAAAGUAGAAAGUGCCGACCAAGUUAAAGACCUCCCUGCUAUUGGGAAAUCUUUGAAAGACCAUAUUAAUGAAAUAGUAACAACAGGAAAGCUCUCCAAGCUGGAACACUUCGAGAAUGAUGAAAAGGCACGGACUGUCAGCCUAUUCGGCGAAGUUUGGGGUGUUGGUCCUGCAACUGCUCUCAAGUUAUAUGAUAAAGGACACCGUACUCUUGAAGACCUACGAAAGGAUGAUUCACUUACAUAUGCUCAGAGGACUGGCUUGAAGUUCUUUGAUGAUAUCAAGCAAAGAAUACCUCGGCAUGAGGUCAGUGAGAUGGAGAAGCUUUUGCAAGACGUUGGGAAGGACAUCUUGCCUGGAGUGACAAUUGUAUGCGGAGGAUCAUACAGACGUGGAAAAGCUUCUUGUGGUGACAUGGAUAUUGUUAUAACACAUCCAGAUGGUGAAAGUCAUGUAGGUUUUCUACCGAAGUUUGUUCAGCGGUUGAAGGACAUCAGUUUUUUGAGGGAGGAUCUUAUCUUCAGUAUACACAGCAUUGAGGGAACUGACUGCGGGGUUGACACAUACUUUGGUCUCUGCACAUAUCCUGGGCGUGAGCUACGGCAUCGCAUUGACCUCAAGGUGUACCCAAGGAACAGAUAUGCAUUCGGGCUGCUUGCUUGGACUGGAAAUGAUGUUCUAAAUCGACGAUUAAGAAUAUUAGCAGACUCCAAAGGUUACGCGCUUGAUGACACGGGUUUGUAUCUUGCUACUCUGAGCAGUGGUGGAAAGCGUAUGGGGAGAUCAGAAGCUAUAGUUAACUGUGACACCGAGAAGGAUGUCUUCGACACACUUGGAUUCCCCUGGUUGGAACCUCAUGAACGAAAUCUCUAGCUUCUUGAAACGCCUGCUUUAUAAUCUGUAGCUUGAGAUGAAUGCGUAGAUUUUGUUUUUCUUCUCGUUGUAGACUGGCAAGUAUCGAUUUCCAGACCUUUCUGUAGAAAAUGUGUUUUGGUAGACUUGUAUAGUUUUUGUUUUUCUCCUUACUGUAUGUACUGUACAUCAGUGGGAGAAUGUUCUUCAACUGGCUUGUAUCUACCUUGUGUUACACAAUCCCUGCACCUUCUAGGUGACAGGGUGCUUUAAAUGAGCGGUGCUGUGGCUCUGAAGCUGUUCAUGAAUAUUUGGCACCAACUGCAGACAUCUCAGGGUGAUUUAUUUUU